GGCUCGCCUGCCAAACCCGGCUGGGAACGCCUGGGCGCUUUUAGGACGGGGCGGGCCCGGGGGUGGUGGCCCCAGGAGCGGUUGCCGCGGGGACCGGGCAGUGACGCGGCCCAAGGGCGGAAGUGAGAAAGUUGUCUGCGUCUCGAGGCGAGUUGGCGGAGCUGUGCGCGCGGCGGGGAGAUGGGGGGCUCGGGCAGUCGCCUGUCCAAGGAGCUGCUGGCCGAGUACCAGGACUUGACGUUCCUGACGAAGCAGGAGAUCCUCCUAGCCCACAGGCGGUUUUGUGAGCUGCUUCCCCAGGAGCAGCGGAGCGUGGAGGAGUCACUUCUGGCACAAGUGCCCUUCGAGCAGAUUCUCAGCCUUCCAGAGCUCAAGGCCAACCCCUUCAAGGAGCGAAUCUGCAGGGUCUUCUCCACCUCCCCAACCAGAGACAGCCUUAGCUUUGAGGACUUCCUGGACCUCCUCAGUGUGUUCAGUGACACAGCCACGCCGGACAUCAAGUCCCAUUAUGCCUUCCGCAUCUUCGGUGAGAACCAGGAGCAGCCCGGCAGGACACCACCCCUUCCCACAUGGGCUUUGUGGUGGCCCUGCUUGGGAAAUGGCAUGCUUGUGGAACCUCAGAGCCCCUCCCAACCGUGUCUUUUGGCUUCCUGUGUCUGUUCUCUAGACUUUGAUGAUGAUGGAACCUUGAACAGAGAAGACCUGAGCCGGCUGGUGAACUGCCUCACGGGAGAGGGCGAGGACACACGGCUUAGUGCAUCUGAGAUGAAGCAGCUCAUCGACAACAUCCUGGAGGAGUCUGACAUUGACAGGGAUGGAACCAUCAACCUCUCUGAGUUCCAGCACGUCAUCUCCCGUUCUCCAGACUUUGCCAGCUCCUUUAAGAUUGUCCUGUGACAGCAGCCCCAGCGUGUGUCCUGGCACCCUGUCCAAGAACCUUUCUACUGCUGAGCUGUGGCCAAGAUCAAGCCUGUGUUGCCAGCGUAGACCACGCUGGCCCAGCCUGGAGCUGGCACUGUGCAGCCUCACCCCAGGCAGGGGUAGCCCUCCUUGUCAGGGCCUCUCCUCACUACCAUUGUCAUUGCUCCGUUUGUGUUUGUACUAAUCAGUAAUAAAGGUUUAGAAGUUUGA